AUGACUGCGAUGAGAGCGAAGGGGAUGCCUUACCAAGGCCCCGUAUGGAUUGUAGUGCCGAAAACGCUAGUUACUCACUGGGAGGAACAGUCUUCGUGCUUCGAGGAGGUGGACCGCCCGUCGGUGUUUGUUUUGACAGACAAGGACAUGUCAGCGCGCGAGCUGGCUGAGGCCAAAGCUGAUUUCAUUAUCAUCACUCCGCAGUACCUGAGCGCCCGGUAUCUGGAAUGGCAAGACGCCAGUCAACAAGCCCGAUCCGGUCUACAUAUCCUCGGCAGACCAGUAGCCCGAAGACAAACGUCGUCCAGGUUAUGGCAGACGAACUGUGUCUUCGACAUCGAAUGUUGGACAUCCCUGGGCCUUCACUUUCCUUUCGCCAUCUUCGACGAGGUACACGGAGCGAAGAAUCCCAAUGCGAUCAUCAACAGGGCAUCUGCGGCGCUCGACGCCAGGGCGAAACUUCUGGUCAGUGGAACUCCUAUGAAAAACAGAGUCUUCGAUGCCUUUGGGAUUCUCAAGAUUCUGCCCGGAUGCCCCUUCGCGACGGAGAAUGCGUUUUUGCGAGUCCUCAGUGUCAACCCAAAGGCGCGAGGGCCGCCGAAAUUGCGCCUGAGAAGACUUGCCCAAAUUCUCGACGCAUGCACGAUCGCCCGCCCUCACGGGGCCCUGAAUCUUUCCGACCUCGUCGAUCACAUAGUCGAGUCCGAACUCUUAGACGAAACGGUCCUCGACAUCGCCAUGGUCGCUCACCAAUUCCACCGUCUCGCGGCAAUCUCUGGAGGAGGCCGUCGGCGAAGACCCCAGAAUACGGGACAUGGCGCCGCCCUUUCUUACGCUACCCGCGCAAGACUGAUGGCGACUUCCUCUAUCUUCAACCGUCCGAGCCCAAUCCAGGAAAGGGACACAAGGUUGACAAGGGAGAGGUUUGGAGAACGGUGCACCGAGCACGGAUACGACCAGUUCACAAUCGCGCGCAACCCGCAGCUGCUACAUGAGCGCGAGGAGGAUCCAGACUGGGACCCAGAGGUCGGAGACGUCGACGAGGAAGAUGAAGUCAUCGGUCGCGACGAUGCAAACCUUAACGACAACCCACGUCGUGCAAGAAACCGGCAACUUUGGCUCUCGCAUCUCGAUACGGAGUGGGAGAAGGAACUUGAUCGGUUCGUGAACCGUAAGAGUCCCCGGCUGCAGGCCAUUCAGAAUAUCGUGGAGCAAAUCGAAGAGAUGGAAAUCGACGAAUCGAGCAACGAAGUUGAUCCAGAUAUCAGGAUCGUGAUAUUUUCCGAGUGGGUGCACGAACUGGACCUUAUUGAAAGGUUCCUCGGGUGGCAAUUCGAAUGGGACUUCAAAGUGUUACGUUUCGAUGAUUUCAACAACAAAAGGAACGCUCUAUCCUUCUUGCCAUAG